GAAACCGCCGCUGCAAUGGACAACUUGACUGACGAGGAAAGACGCGAGAUCGAGCAAGCAGCCGAGAUUCUACUCUCGAUGAUGGAACAACAGUCUGACCAACCACAGAGCAUUGACAAUGUUCUCACAACUCAGUCAUCACUCGACGACGAUGUCGAAAUGACCGAUGUUGCUGAGAGCAUGUUGCUGCUCUCAAGAACUGCUGUCAUCUUUGAGCAGGAUCCUGCUCCGGCCAUCUCGCCUUCUGCACCUGCGCAGUCUGUCCAGUCAGACGUUUCUGUGACCCCUCAACCCCCUCAAGCCCCAACUGCCCCCGCUCCUGCUGUCGCUGCCCCUGUCGCAGCCGCGCCCGCACCCGCACCCGCCCACCCACCCGCCAACAACCCCCAAUGGGCCGGGUUGACCGCCGCCCAGCAAGCACAGCAGCAGGUUCGCCACGCAAUGACCCCUUGGCAACGUGCUCACUACAACUACCUCCCCUAUGGAAACAGGGACAGAAACGGUAAUACCAUCGGGCGCCUGUAUUUGACCGCGACGGAGCGCCGCAACCUACGCCAGCAGCAACGUCGUACAGGUGCUGCUUUGAUUCGCCGAGGUACCACGCAAGGUAUGAGAUUUCCUAACAGGCAGUCUAGGAACUAG